AUGUACAGUGAGGGCACAUCCACGACUUCAGAAUCCGAAGAAACGACAAUCAAACAGACAACCACAAGUGUUGGAGGCACAUCCACGACUUCAGAAUCAGAGGAAACAACGAUCGAACAGACAAUCACAACUGUUGAAGAUGGAAGAAACGUAUUUUAUGGAGAAAAAUGUGAGAAACAUGUACCCAUUUCCACUAAGAUAAUCCCCACAGGAAGAGCAACGCCAAAAUCAAAAACAGUAAAUGAAAAUAUACCCCUUAGCAAACUUACAAUUAUCGCUAUAUCCAGUGGUGUAGGAGGUGGUGCUAUUCUUAUACUCAUAGUUGUUGUUAUUUGCAUCUGUGUUCGCUGGAGUUCUGAGAAAAAGAUGAAAGACGGUUCAGAAAGUGAAAGUAGUUCAAAGAUCAUUAAAGCAAUGAAUAAAGACAAUCAAAUGAUAGAAAACAUUCCCCUGGAUUCUGGAAAGGUCAAUCCUUUGUUUGAAGAGGAUAAAAACGACGCAAGAACGCGAUACCAACUUGAGCCAGUGCGUAAUGACAAAACAGGUCAGAUUCUGAAUCUUAAUUCAUUCCCCGACAGACCGCGUAGCGAAUCUGCCGAGAAGUACAGACAGCCAAUGACAAACAACUAUUAUAGUGAUGUGGAAGAUCCUUACAGACGUCAUUCUCAAAAUAGCCUCCAUUCUCAUGGAAGUUUCUACCAAGAACAGAAUCGCACAAAAGGUAUAGAAAAUCAAAACAGAAGAAGUGAAGAAAACUACACCAGUAAUGAUAGAUACGUAUACAUUGAAGGGAGAUCAGGAGGAAGACGACUUUAUAAGAAAGUUGAGGAUGAUGUAUUAGGUGAAAAUACUUUGAUUUAUCAGCCGUCAAACAUGCCACAUCCUAUCCAAAGAGAAAAUGUAGAAUCUAUCGGAGACAACUUCACUUUGCGUCCUGCAGCUUCCUAUGUGGAAAGUCAAAUACCUUCACUUCACGAUAAAAUCAACACAAAGAAUCCAUACAAAAUUCAGCGCCCAAAUAUCAAGCAAAAUAACUUGUUAUCCCGUAAGUGGACUAGUCCAAUCAAAAACAAACUCCCUCCACCUGGUAAACGAGACUCCCCUUCUUGA